UCGCCUUUCAUUGUGAAAUCCAGAAAACUAGCAACCCAAGGGCCAUACGCAACCCCCCUCUUUCAUCACACAUACCACCCACAAUGUCUAAGCUAGGAAACCGCGCCGACUGGGCCGACGACGAGGAGUUUGACGACCCCUCCGCCCUCCCCGCACAGCAGAUCACGACGAACAAAGAUGGCACCAAGACCGUGGUCUCGUACCGCUUCAACGACGAGGGCAAGAAAGUGAAGGUCACCCGCCGCAUCAAGACCACCGUGGUGCGGGAACACGUCAACCCCCAGGUCGCCGAGCGCCGCAGCUGGGCCAAGUUCGGCCUGGAGAAGGGCCACGCCCCCGGCCCCUCCUUCGACACCACCUCUGUGGGUGAGAACAUCGCCUUCCGCCCCAGCAUCAACUGGAAGAUCCAGGCCCAGGAGGAGGAGAAGAACCCGGAGAAGGGCAGCAUGAAGGACCAGCUCAAGGACAAGAAGGUCAAAUGCCGUAUCUGCAGCGGCGAGCACUUCACCGCGCGCUGUCCCUUCAAGGACACCAUGGCCCCCGUCGACGAGCCCGCCGGCGGUGCCGGUGGCGUCGAGGGCGGCGCCGACGAGGGGGCCGCCGCCGCCGGUGGCCUGGGUGCGACCUCCGGCAGCUACGUGCCUCCUCAUCUACGGAAGGGUGCGGCCGGCGGCGGCGAGCGCAUGGCUGGCAAGUUCGAGAAGGACGAUCUGGCGACUUUGAGAGUCACGAACGUCAGCGAGUUGGCAGAGGAAGGCGAGUUGCGGGAUCUGUUCGAACGCUUCGGUCGUGUCACCAGAGUCUUCCUGGCCAGAGACCGGGAGACCCAGAGAGCCAAGGGUUUCGCCUUUAUCAGCUUCGCGGACCGCAGCGAUGCUGCCCGUGCCUGCGAGAAAAUGGAUGGCUUCGGUUACCGCCACCUUAUUCUGCGCGUCGAGUUCGCCAAGCGGGCUACUUAGAUUCCUUCCACCACGUUGUUGUUUCGUCCCCUAAACUCUCGCACCAUCCCCCUUUCAAACUCAUUCCCAUCUUAUUUCCGGUUCACGACACCUUGGCCGCUUUCCGUCAAGAAGCGGGUUUCCUUCAUGAUGACUUCAAGGAUCCCUCAACUACUACUUCUUUUUCUUUGUAUUGUAUGAUCCGAUCGAUAAUGAUGAAUACUGAAAAAGGAUUCCAAAGUGUCGAUUUUUCUGCUAAGAUUCUUGCGUACAUAUAUAUGUGUUGUUGUGUGCGCACAUUUGGUCGAGGUAUAUACAAAAAGCAAGGGAAACCCCUCCCAAAAAAA